AUGUUGAUUCGCUUACUUGUCUUUCUCCUUUUUCUGACAGUCUUUUUUUUCAUUUUGAUUUCUACCUAUUCUUAUUUGGCGUUCUUCUUUGUUGUUGUUGUUGUUUUUUUUUUCAACGAUUCAUAUCGCAUCGCGUUACAUUAA